GUCGAAGAUGUCAAAAUGACAUCAGAGGUAGAUGAGGAGGAGGUUGUGAUCCCUGACAAGAAAUCUGAAACUUUAGAAAGUGCAGAGGCUGGGACACAUACAGCAGAGGAAGACACACACACUCAGGUCAGUGUAGAGACAGGGAACAGUAGCACAAAGACAGCUCCACAAAAAACACAAGAUGAUGCACAAUCAGAUGAAGAUGCUGAGGAUAAUACAGAGGGAAGCACAACCAUCGAGAGGCGAGUCUUGAGAAGUAGAGCUGUGGGAACAACCACACAAGAGUCAUCAGAUAUGGGAGCAGACGAAGCAGAGGAAAGCCCGGCCACGGGGACACGAGUCCUGAGAAGGAGAGCUGUAGUAAGUACAGAGACUCCCAAACGCAAAUCACAAAGAGGCAGAAAGAAGGCUGUGGAGGAGAGUCCAGCAGUUCCAGCAGAUGAGAAAGCUGAACCAGCAGAAGAGCAGAUGGAGGAGGGGAAAGAAACUGCAGAGGAGACCUCAGAUGAUGAAGCUCCACAAACAUCUCAGAGAGUCCUCAGAGGCAGAACAAAAGCCGUGAAGGCCACACCCAAACGCAAAUCCACCAGACGGAGCACGAGAAAGGCGGCCCAAACAGACAGCCAGCCCACAACUGAGGCAGAGGAAGAAGCUGAUAAAGAGAAUGAUAGUCAACAAGCAAAACCAGAUGAGAAUGCCGAGAUUGAGUCUGAAUUGGAAACCCUGACCGAGGGAAAGGAAGCUGUAGAAGUUGUAGAGGAAAACACUCCAGCUGAUGCAACAGAGGCAGAGAGCCAGGCAGCAGCAGAUGAGUCUACUGUAGACAAAGAAGAAAUCCAACUGGAGAAAGAAGAUGAGACAGUUGAUACAGAGAUGGAAACUGAUAAAGCAAUUGAGGGCGAAGCUGUGGAUGAGGAAGAGACAGAAGCUGCAGAAGCACAAGAGGAAGAUAAGCAAGAAACCAUCGACGAGGCAAAAGAAACAGAGGAGAGUUUAGAACAGGAAGCUGAGGAGACCGCUUCAGAAAUUCCCCCAGUUGUUGCAGGGGACGAAGAGACACCAAAAGAUGAAGCAAGUCCUGAACUGCAAACUGAUGAAGACACAGUCAUAACAGAAGAACCUUCAGUAGCAGACAAGCAGACAGAAGAGGUGAAACUGCAAAGAGCCACUGUUGUCUUGGUUGAUGUGAAUGAGGUAUCGUCUAAACCUGAAUUAGAGGCAGAAAGUGCAGACACAACAUCAGGAGCUGAGGAGAAAGUUGAAGCUGGUGAAGAUGAGACUCCACAGACUGAAGAGGACAAGGACACAACUGAAGACAUGGAUACGACAGUACCACAACCAGACAAACAGGAUGAAAAUGUAGAAGCAACAGAUUCUCAGGUGUCUCAGGAUGAAGUGGGAACAACCACACAAGAGUCAUCAGAUAUGGGAGCAGACGAAGCAGAGGAAAGCCCAGCCACAGGGACACGAGUCCUGAGAAGGAGAGCUGUAGUAAGCACAGAGACUCCCAAACGCAAAUCACAAAGAGGUAGAAAGAAGGCUGUGGAGGAGAGUCCAGCAGCUCCAGCAGCUUCAGCGGAUGAGAAAGCUGAACCAGCAGAAGAGCAGAUGGUGGAGGGGAAAGAAACUGCAGAGGAGACCUCAGAAGAUGAAGCUCCACAAACAUCUCAGAGAGUCCUCAGAGGCAGAACAAAAGCCGUGAAGGCCACACCCAAGCGCAAAUCCACCAGACGGAGCACGAGAAAGGUGUCCCAAACAGACAGCCAGCCCACAACUGAGGCAGAGGAAGAAGCUGAUGAAGAGGAUGAUCGUCAGCAACCAAAAGCAGAUGAGAAUGCCGAGAUAGAGUCUGAAUUGGAAACCCUGACCGAGGAAAAGGAAGCUGGAGAAGUGGAUGCCGAACCCUCAGGUGCCCAGGAAAUUGCAGAGGAAAACACUGCAGCUGAUGCAACAGAGGCAGAGAGCCAGGCAGCAGCAGAUGAGUCUACUGUAGACAAAGAAGAAAUCCAACUUGAGAAAGAAGAUGAGACAGUUGAUACAGAGAUGGAAACUGAUAAAGCAAUUGAGGGCGAAGCUGUGGAUGAGGAAGAGACAGAAGCUGCAGAAACACAAGAGGAAGUUAAUAAGCAAGAAACCAUCGAGGAGGCAAAAGAAACAGAGGAGAGUUUAGAACAGGAAGCUGAGGAGACAGCUUCAGAAAUUCCCCCAGUUGUUGCAGGGGACGAGGAGACACCAAAAGAUGACGCAAGUCCUGAAUUGCAACCUGAUGAAGAUGCAGUCAUAACAGAAGAACCUUCAGUAGCAGACAAGCAGACAGAAGAGAUUGAAGAGGUGAAACUGCAAAGAGCCACUGUUGUCUUGGUUGAUGUGAAUGAGGUAUCGUCUAAACCUGAAUUAGAGGCAGAAAGUGCAGACACAACAUCAGGAGUUGAGGAGAAAGUUGAAGCUGGUGAAGAUGAGACUCCACAGACUGAAGAGGACAAGGACACAACUGAAGACAUGGAUACGACAGUACCACAAACAGACAAACAGGAUGAAAAUGUAGAAGCAACAGAUUCUCAGGUGUCUCUGGAUGAAGUGGGAACAACCACACAAGAGUCAUCAGAUCAUGACACGGAAGCAGAUGAAGCAGAGGAAAGCCCGGCCACAGGGACACGAGUCCUGAGAAGGAGAGCUGUAGUAAGCACAGAGACUCCCAAACGCAAAUCACAAAGAGGCAGGAAGAAGGCUGUGGAUGAGAGUCCAGCAGCUCCAGCAGAUGAGAAAGCUGAAUCAGCAGAAGAGCAGAUGGAGGAGGGAAAAGAAACUGCAGAGGAGACCUCAGAUGAUGAAGCUCCACAAACAUCUCAGAGAGUCCUCAGAGGCAGAACAAAAGCUGUGAAGGCCACACCCAAACGCAAAUCCACCAGACGGAGCACAAGAAAGGCGGCCCGAACAGACAGCCAGCCCACAACUGAGGCAGAGGAAGAAGCUGAUAAAGAGGAUGAUAGCCAGCAACCAAAAGCAGAUGAGAAUGCUGAGAUAGACUCUGAAUUGGCAACCCUGGCUGAGGAAAAGGAAGCUGGAGAAGUGGAUAUCAUACCCUCAGGUGCCCAGGAAGUUGCAGAGGAAAACACUCCAGCUGAUGCAACAGAGGCAGAGAGCCAGGCAGCAGCAGAUGAAUCUACUGAAGACAAAGAAGAAAUCCAACUUGAGAAAGUGUUGGAACCUGAAAAGAUUGUUGAGGAAGAUGCAACAGCAACAGAAAUACAAGAGACUUCAGAUGACCAUGAUAAAGUUGAAAAUGAGGAAACAGCAGAGUCCAAGGAGGAUGCAGAGCAAGAGGAGAUGGAAUUAGAUGUUCCUCCAAAUGAAAAACCAACAGAAAUUGUUGAGGAAGAUGAGGUACCAAAAGAUGAGGAAAAUGACGAUUUAACAACAUCUGUAGCUGAUGAGAAAGGUGAAAUAGGAGAAGAGAAGACACCACAGGCUGAGGAAGAAGAACCUGCAAAUGAGGAAACAGAAAAUGUGACAGAAGAAAUUGAAAAGCAGGAUGCAGCUGUAGACACUGCAGAUACAGAGGUCUCUCAGGAUGAAGUAGGAACAACCACACAAGAGUCAUCAGAUAUGGGAGCAGACGAAGCAGAGGAAAGCCCAGCCAUGGGGACACGAGUCCUGAGAAGGAGAGCUGUAGUAAGGACAGAGACUCCCAAACGCAAAUCACAAAGAGGCAGGAAGAAGGCUGUGGAGGAGAGUCCAGCAGCUCCAGCAGAUGAGAAAGCUGAACCAGCAGAAGAGCAGAUGGAGGAGGGGAAAGAAACUGCAGAGGAGACCUCAGAUGAUGAAGCUCCACAAACAUCUCAGAGAGUCCUCAGAGGCAGAACAAAAGCAGUGAAGGCCACACCCAAACGCAAAUCCACCAGACGGAGCACAAGAAAGGCGGCCCAAACAGACAGCCAGCCCACAACUGAGACAGAGGAAGAGGCGGACAAAGAGAAUGAUAGUCAACAAGCAAAACCAGAUGAGAAUGCCGAGAUUGAGUCUGAAUUGGAAACCCUGACCGAGGAAAAGGAAGCUGGAGAAGUGGAUACUGAACCCUCAGGUGCCCAGGAAAUUGCAGAGGAAAACACUCCAGCUGAUGCAACUGAGGCAGAGAGCCAGGCAGCAGCAGAUGAGUCUACUGAAGACAAAGAAGAAAUCCAACUGGAGAAAGAAGAUGAGACCGUUGAUACAGAGAUGGAAACUGAUAAAGCAGUAGAGGGUGAAGCUGUGGAUAAGGAAGAGACAGAAGCUGCAGAAACACAAGAGGAAGACAAACAAGAAACCAUCGAGGAGGCAAAAGAAACAGAGGAGAGUUUAGAACAGGAAGCUGAGGAGACAGCUUCAGAAAUUCCCCCAGUUGUUGCAGGGGACGAGGAGACACCAAAAGAUGACGCAAGUCCUGAAUUGCAACCUGAUGAAGAUGCAGUCAUAACAGAUGAACCUUCAGAACCGUCAGAGGUGAAACUGCAAAGAGCCACUGUUGUCUUGGUUGAUGUAAAUAAGGUAUCGUCUAAACCUGAAUUAGAGGCAGAAAGUGCAGACACAACAUCAGGAGCUGAGGAGAAAGUUGAAGUUGGUGAAGAUGAGACUCCACAGACUGAAGAGGACAAGGGCACAACUGAAGACAUGGAUACGACAGUACCACAAACAGACAAACAGGAUGAAGAAGGAGAAGCAACAGAUUCCAAGGUCUCUCAGGAUGAAAUGGAAACUCAAGAGUCAUCAGAUCAUGAUAAGGGAACUGAUGAAGCAGAGGAAAGCCCAGCCAUGGAGACACGAGUCCUGAGAAGGAAAGCAGUUGCAAGCACAGAACCUCCCAAACGCAAAUCCCAAAGAGUCAGUAAGAAAGUUGUGGAAGAACCAGCAGAAGAGCAGAUGGUGGAGGAGAAAGAGACCGCUGAGGAGACUUCAGAUGAUGAAGCUCCAUCGACAUCUCGGAGAGCCCUCAGAGGCAGACCCAAAGCAGUGAAGGCCGCACCCAAACGCAAAUCCACCAGGAGGAGCACAAAAAAGGCGGCCCAAACAGAUGAGGAACCUGAGGAGGAGCAUGAUGAAAUUCAACAAUCAAAAGAAACUACAGAGGAAAAGGAGGAGGAACCCCUACCAUCGAAGGAUCAAAGUGAGGACAUUUCUGAAACAGCAGACAACACCGAAGACAAAGCAGGAGAAGAGGAACCUGUAAAUGAGGAGGAGAGUCCUCAGGAAAAUAUUGUUGAGCAAGAGGCAGAAGGGAUGGUGUUGGAAAUCUCAUCAGAUGAAAAAGAUGCAGAGGUUGUAGCAGAUGAGGCACCAAAAGAAGAAGAAACAGCUGAUGUGGCCCCUACUGAAGAUGUGGCCCCAGAAAAUAAUGACUCUCUAGUUACUGAACAGCAAAUUGAAGAAGGUGCCACAGACACUGUUCCUGAGGGGACAGAGCAGGAUGAUGUGGAAAAAGAGAGCAAAUUAGAAGAGGAGAAAAUGACUGUAGAUGAAGUCACUACAGAUCAACCCUCAGCUGAGAACAAUCAGAAAGAGGAAACAGAGGAGGCAAAACUACAGAAAGCUACUGUUGUCUUAGUGGAUGUGUCUAAAGAUUUACCUCAACCAGAUUUAGUGACUGAAGAGGAGGAUAAUCAAGAUGAAAAUGUAGAAGCAACAGAUUCUCAGGUCUCUCAGGAUGAAGUGGGAACAACCACACAGGAGUCAUCGGAUCAUGAUAUGGGAGCAGAUGAGGCAGAGGAAAGCCCAGCCAUGACCCCAAGAGUCCUAAGAAGGAGAGCUGUUGCAAGCCCAAAGCCUCCCAGACGCAAAUCCCGAAGGGUCAGUAAGAAAGUUGUGGCAGAACCUGCAGAGGAGGAGGAGGAGGAGGAGGAAGGGAUUGCUGAGGAGACCUCAGAAGAUGAAGCUCCACAAACAUCUCAGAGAGUCCUCAGAGGCAGAACAAAAGCAGUGAAGGCCACACCCAAACGCAAAUCCACCAGACGGAGCACAAGAAAGGUGCCGCAGGAGGAGGCAGAGGAGGAGCCUGAGGAAGAAAAUGAACCUGAAGAAGAAAAGGAUGAGAUUCCAGAUUCUGAGGAGCUUCCCAUAGAGAAGGCAGCAGAUGAGGUGACGCAAGAGGAAGAAGUGUCAGAUGAAAAACAAGCAGAAACUGUUGCGGAUGCCUCAGCUGCAUCAGAGCAGAUUGCGGAGGAUGUCACAGGUCAAGAAGGACUGGAUGAGGAUGGUGCUGACAAACAGGAUGCGCUGGAAGAAGAUAAAGUGGUGGAUGAGGAGAAAAAUACUGAAAACACAGAUGCCGCCGAACCCCUGGAAGACGCAGUUGAUAAAGAAGCCAUCUCAGCACAAGAGGAAGAAGCUUCCAUUGAGGAAAGUUCUCCAGAGGAGUCUGAGACCGUCAAAUUGCAAAAAGCCACAGUUGUUUUGGUGGACCUUAAUGAAAGUAGUCCUCCGUCAGAAAUGACAGAUAUUGAGACUAAAGCAGAUGAUGUUGAUGUGGAGGAACCAGAAAUGCCAGCAGUUGAGGUGGCAGCAGCAGCGGUUGAAAGUAUGGAGCGCCAGACUGAAGAAGACAAGGAUGUUGCAGCGGAUGAGGUCUCAGUCCCUGAAGGACAGGAUGAAUUGGCACCGAUUAGCUCAGAUCCAGAUGACACACCAACUCCAAGCCGGAGGUCAAAAGGAAGGCCAAAGAAGAAACGAAGAGCAGCUAAGUCAUCUGGACCAACACAGUCAAAACGUGUUCGAAAACAAGAGGAGGAAGAGGACAGUGAUGUCGACAUGACUAAAGAAGCAAAUGAGGCCACACCAGAGGAAGCUGUAUCUCAGGAAGUAGAAAAGGAAACCCCUGAGCCAAUCAGUGAUUGCACAAAAGAGACAGACCAACCAGAGGAACCUGCAGAUAAGAAUGAGAAGCUUAAACAAGAACAAAGCUCUCCAGACAAAGAAGAGGUGGGCGAUGUGGACAAAGAGGAACUUCCUCCAGUUGUGGUAACCACGCGUCUGAGAAGUAGAACUAUAGCUGUCGAGUCCACUCCCUCAGCAUUAAAUGGAGCCCCCGAGGAACAAGAGGAAACCGAAGCAGCUCCAGCUGCGGAAGUCCAGCAGGAAGACAAAGACGAAGAAAUGGGGGAUGAGGAAACCCCAGCAGAAGAGGAAAAAAUGGAUGCAGGAGCUAGCAUGGAGAAAGAGGAAGGCAUUAAUGCUUCAACAGAGGUGGAGGAUAAGAUUGAGGAAGAGGAGAGAGAGGAACAACAAGUUGAGGCUACAGAGAGUGAUGAAGUGAAUAUCAGUUUAGCCCUAGAACCCGAAGAGGAGGAGGAGAAGGAGGAGGAGGAGGAGGAGGAGGAUGAGUUGGUAUUGAGAGGAAAGUCAGUUAUCGAAACACCCAAACACCGCAAAAACGUCAUUCAGGAAGAGCAGAAUGAUCAGGAGGCAGGCGAAGAAGCACUAGAGGAGGAGGAGGAGGAGGAUGUGCUAGUUUUGAGAGGGAGGUCAGUUAUCCAAACGCCCGGUCGCAAAAUAGCCAUGCAUGAGAGUGAUCAGGAGGCAGGAGAGAAAGAAGGCAGCUCAGAGGAGGAGGAGGAUGUGAUCGUUUUGAGAGGAAGGUCAGUUAUCCAAACACCUGGCCGCAAAAGAGCCAUGCAGAAAGAGGAAAGUGAUCAGGAGGCAACCAACAAGAAAACAAGGGAUAGCGCUGCUCAGGGAAAGAAGAGGACUAAGGUUGAUGUUACACCUUUGCGACGGUCCUCACGCAAAAAAUAGAGCAUGAGAGCUAGAAGGGCACUCAAGCUCAUGGGACCACAUUGUUGUACUAGAAUUAGUCGUGAAGAUAAUAGCAAAAAACGCUCUAUGGAAAUGGUGAUACAACAGAGUUGAGGUCUGUUUUGUGAUUAUAUUUUUGUAUCAAGUUACAAGCUUUUUUCAGUGAUGUAGCAGAAACAGAUAAAUGGUGUCCAGGAGAAUAAGAGGGAGCCAAAAAUAUCUGGCAGUUUUCAUUGGGCUUUUUAGACUGAUUUUUUUUAUGGAUUACAAAUGACACAUUGAUAUAAUUUUUUACAUGACAAAUUAACACAUUGAGAUAAACUCAUUUUAUAUAACAUUUUCUACAAUAUGAAAAACAAAAUAAUUAAAUAAUGUGCAGUUGUAUUCUUCUCAACUGAUUUGACCUUUUGUAUUUUGUAAAUUAAUGCAACAUAAAACUGAAUGUAUCAGUUGUAAUCCUGUAAAAAGUGAAAUUAUUUUGUGUCCCCAAAGCACUGUCUUAGGUGUCAAGAAAUAUCAAAAUUAAGCAAUUAUUUUUGUCAUCAAAUAUCAUUAGCACUCAAAAUAUGAAAAAAGGGUUGUUGUUAUUAUUAUUGUUAUUAUUAUUAUUAUUAUCAUAAUUUUAUAUUUGCUACAUCAUGUGUGCUUCCCUUCACUCCUAAUCUGUAGGUCACUUGCUUUACAUUUACAUCAGUUUUUAGGUCUAAAGACCCCCCCCCUUCAUCAAAAUUCUAAUUUUUUUUGUAAAUACACUUUCUUUCAACUUAGGCCUGUGUCCUGUACCUGAUUCCAAUACUAUUCAUUAUCUGAUAUUCAUACAAACAUACUGUACAUGUGGAAUUACAACAGUCAUCAAUGUUAGCAUCCUUGUGCAGAUUAACUGAAUCAUGUAUGAGCACAACAUUGUAAAUCAUAUACGUUAGAGGGCUUCCUUACACCGCGUUCACACUGUCCACGUCCGUCAACGGAUCUCAUUGACUUUGCAUGGGGCGGACUCGAAAUGUAUUGUGGGUCCGUCCGUUCCUUCAGCUCUGCUGCCUCCGUCAAAAAAGUUGAGAAAUGUUCAACUUUUCAGGCAGCGACGGAUCCCUCAGCCAAUCAGAUUGCGUAUAUGCAAAUAUACAUAGGCAGACAGGCAUUCCGAGAUCCGUCGACAGACGUAGACAGUGUAAACGCGGUGUUACUCAUUUGCAAAGUGUUUUUGAACAGUUAUUGGAAUUUAACAGGGUAAUCAAUCUGUGCUAUAAUGAGGUUGCUUUGUCAAACUGAUAUAUUUUGGUCUGCUAAUUUGAUCCAAUUUUGUUGUCAAUUUCGAGAAAAGGG